AUGGGCCUCAACUGGCAUUGGUUCUACGCAGAGGCAAAGAAGCUCGACGAACAAUCCUUUCGGUUUUUGGUGGACUACGUGGCGGACUUGCUGGACAAGGAGCCCGUUGUGACCCCGUCCCUUGGAUUUUCCGAUCCACUGGGCCUCAGCAAGCUCGACGACCCGGAGGACGGCGAGUCGUCCAAGUCACAUGAUGCGGAGGAGGUGAAGCCAGAGGACGGCGAGUCGUCCAAGUCACAUGAUGCGGAGGAGGUGAAGCCAGAGGACCCCAGCAAGAAGCUGGAGGAGAAGGAGGCGGCUCGCAAAAAGGCCGCCAAGGCUGCCGCCAUCGGUGUGCGUGCCGCUGAGGCGGAGGCUCGGCAGCGGCGUGCCUUGCUCAGCUGCGGAGUCCGACCCCGAGACUCGCAAGAAGAAGCUGAAUGCUGA